GCGUCACUGGCCUUGUCGCGUGGUGCCCUUCCUGCCUUCCUCUCCCCCUCCCCUCGAUCUCGCACCAACACCCCACUCAUCUCUUUCUCUUCAUCUCAAUCCUCAUCAUCUUCAUUUCCAUCUUCAUCUUCAUCCCAGGCGCUCUGACCUCCCUUAUUUCUGUGUAGGCCCGCCCAUUUCUCGACCACCACCGACCCAUCCGACCAUCCACCCCCCAUCACUAGUCCACAAUGGGCAAGAGCCAGUCCAAGUUGAGCGCCGACGAGCUUGCCGACCUCCAGAAGAACACUUACUUCGACAAGAAGGAACUGCAGCAAUGGUACAAGGGCUUCCUCAAGGACUGCCCCAGCGGCCAGCUGAACAAGGAGGAGUUCAAGAAGAUCUACCGCCAGUUCUUCCCCUUCGGAGACCCGUCGCAGUUCGCAGACUACGUCUUCAACGUAUUUGACGAGGACAAGUCCGGGACCAUUGAGUUCAAGGAGUUCAUUUGUGCGCUUUCCGUCACUUCGCGCGGCCGACUGGACGAGAAGCUCAAGUGGGCAUUCCAAUUGUACGACAUCAACGGUGAUGGGUACAUCACAUACGACGAGAUGUUGCAGAUUGUCCGUUCCAUCUACAAGAUGACGGGCCAGAUGGUCCGCUUGCCCGAGGACGAGGACACGCCUGAGAAGCGCGUGGACAAGAUUUUCCGCAACAUGGACUUGAACAAGGACCACCAGCUCACAUACGAAGAGUUCAAGGAGGGUUCGAAGCAGGACCCGACGAUUGUCCAGGCGCUCUCGCUGUACGAUGGCCUGGUGUAGUGUUAGGGU